GGCAAGGAGGCGCUUGGGCUGGUGCGUAGAGCAUUCUGGGAGACAUAGUCCGGCUGGGGAGGGGAAGUCGGCGAGUGCGCAUGCUCAGGAGCGCGGGAGCUGCCCGCUGAGCGCGGAGGUGAGGGUGGGGUCCUCCCCCUGGAAAGGUUUGGGCAGGGACCCUGGUGGCGGCUGCCAACUCGUGGAUUCCGGCUGCCUUGCGGGACUGGGAAGUGCGGAGCAGGAACCUGGACACUCCGGUCCCCGGUUGCCUUGGCGGCACCAGGACCUGCAGGGGAACUCCCUAAAGCGGAAGUUGCCCUCCAGGACUUUCGGUAAAUGUAGUUCAGGAACCUCCGCAGGGUCGGCUGGCUGGGCGACAACCCAACUUUCUGCGAGUUUCAGGUUGAUCUGGAACCUUGAGGAGCAGAGGUUUGGCUCACGGGUCCAGGCGACCCUCAAAAUCGAAACCAUCCCCUUAAUAAAAGAGUCCCUCACAAAGCCCGUGCCUUACCCCCAGCUGCAGAAGGAACAGCGGAGGGCCGCCCCCAUUUGCAGAUGAGGAAACUAAGGCUCACAGAGACACAGCGACCUGCCAAGGUUACGUGACAAAUAGGCGAGAUCAGAAUCUUCGUCCUAGCUCACAGGCCCCGCUCCAUUGGUCUCAGGGCCUUUGUGGGCUCCCUGGGGGCUCCCCCAUCACCUCCUAGCUCCACCUAAAUCAAGAAACAGGACACAGUGGGGCAUUGCAUGGGGCAGACACUAGCCUUAGAGCCCAGCUCCCGUCGUUCCAAUGAGGCCUGUAGCACUGGGCUCCUCGGAACAUGUACCCCCAGAGGACAAGAGGCCUGUUAUGGUGAAGCUGGAGGACUCUCAGGAAGAGGAGGUCGCCCCAUGGAAUCCCGGCCCAGAGGCGGCACGUCAAUGUUUCUGGCACUUCCGCUAUGAGGAGGUGGCAGGUCCCCAUGAGGCCCUGGCCCGGCUGCGUGAGCUGUGUCGCCAGUGGCUGCGGCCUGAAGUGCACACCAAGGAGCAGAUGCUGGAGCUGCUGGUGCUGGAGCAGUUCCUGGGCUCGCUGCCCCCUGAGAUCCAAGCCCGCGUGCGGGGACAGUGGCCCGGCAGCCCUGAGGAGGCUGCAGCCCUGGUUGAGGGGCUGCGUCGGGAGCCAGGAGGUCCCCGCAGAUGGGUCACAGUCCAGGUGCAGGGUCAGGAGGUGCUAUCAGAGAAGAUGGAGCCCCUGGACUUCCAGCCCCACCCUCAAACCAAGCCUCGGACUACAGAAUCUGGGCCUGAGACGCCUCUUGGGGCCACGCAGAAGUCACCUAUGAGCCUUCAGGUGAAAGAGGAGCCCGAGAUAACAGAGGACCCAGAGUUUCUGGAUUCUGGGCCUCUAGCCAACCCCCAGGAGGCCACUUCCAUUCUCCUGCCUAACAAGGCCCAGGGCUGUGGGAUGGCACUGGACCAGGCCUCUUCCCACAGAGAGACUGAGCCUGAGGGGCCUUCAUGGAGAGAACACCCUGAGGCCCUGUGGCAAGAGGAAGCUGAGGGCAUCUUCUCCCCAGGCUUUGUGCUCCAGAUGGACAGUGUCUCUGCUGGCUCAGGCACUAUGAACCCCCACCUGCGCAUCCCCUGGGACUUCGGUGUGUCCGGCCUCACGGGCCAACUCCGGUCACCCUCCCGAGAAGGUGGCUUCUCACAUGCACUCCUGCUCCCCAGCGACCCAGGAGGUGAGCAGGACCCCAUGGACGAGGAUCCGUGCCAAGGCAUGGGCCACAUACUGGCCACUGCCCGCUGGCACGCUCCCAGGGGCAGGAGCCGGGGCCGCCGGAGCACAGGCGCCGGGGCAGUACGAGGUGGCCGUUGCGACGUGUGUGGGAAGGUGUUCAGCCAACGUAGCAACCUGCUGCGGCACCAGAAGAUACACACGGGAGAACGACCAUUCAUGUGUGGCGAGUGCGGCCGCAGCUUCAGCCGCAGCUCGCACCUGCUGCGCCACCAGCUCACUCACACUGAGGAGCGGCCCUUUGUGUGCGGUGAUUGCGGCCAGGGCUUCCUGCGCAGCGCACGGCUGGAGGAGCACCGGCGCGUGCACACGGGUGAGCAGCCUUUCCACUGCGCCGAGUGUGGCCAGAGCUUCCGGCAGCGCUCCAACCUGCUGCAGCACCAGCGCAUCCACGGUGACCCUCCGGGCCCAGGCGCUGGGCCCCCCGCGCCUCCCAGCGUGCCCGAGCCACCAGGCCCCUUCCCGUGCAGUGAGUGCCGUGAGAGCUUUGCACAGCGUGCCGUGCUGCUGGAGCACCAGGCCGUGCACACUGGGGACAAAUCCUUCGGCUGCGUGGAAUGCGGCGAGCGCUUUGGCCGCCGCUCGGUGCUGCUACAGCACCGGCGCGUGCACAGCGGCGAGCGGCCCUUCGCCUGCAACGAGUGCGGCCAGAGCUUCCGACAGCGCUCCAACCUCACGCAGCACCGGCGCAUCCACACGGGAGAGCGGCCCUUUGCCUGCGCGGAGUGCGGCAAGGCCUUCCGCCAGCGGCCCACGCUUACUCAGCACCUGCGCGUACACACGGGCGAGAAGCCCUUUGCCUGCCCUGACUGCGGCCAGCGCUUCAGCCAGCGUCUCAAGCUCACGCGCCACCAGCGGACGCACACCGGUGAGAAGCCCUACCAUUGCGGAGAGUGCGGCCUGGGCUUUACGCAGGUCUCACGGCUCACUGAGCACCAGCGCAUCCAUACGGGCGAGCGGCCCUUCACCUGCCCAGAGUGCGGCCAGAGUUUCCGGCAGCACGCCAACCUCACGCAGCAUCGGCGCAUCCACACAGGGGAACGCCCCUACACUUGCCCCGAGUGCGGCAAGGCCUUCCGCCAGCGGCCCACGCUCACGCAACACCUGCGCACCCACAGGCGCGAGAAGCCCUUCGCCUGCCAAGACUGUGGCCGGCGCUUCCACCAGAGCACCAAGCUUAUCCAGCACCAGCGUGUCCACAGCGUGGAGUAGCCAGUACUCGCUACACCACCUCGCUGUUUCCACCUCCGUGCUGUCUGUGGGUUAAGCAGGACAGACUACCUACCUCACAGGGUUGUUGUGAAGACUGCAAUCACAUACGUACAAGCAGGUUCCACCUAGGGCCUGACCCCCCUUUCUCCUCCCCACCAGUAGAUGCUCAAUAAACAGUAGAAAGAACCUGGGUCUGGGUCUAUACACACACACACACACACACACACACACACACACCACACACACUCUACUUCCCCACCUGCUGGGGUCCCUCUGCCAACUCCAUCCAUCCACCACUCCUAACCCCGUGGUUCCUAGGAGAGCCAGGGCUCCCUGCAGAGGUGGCGCCUAGCAGCAGCUGCCCACGUCUGUGGGGUGCACCCUGUACCAUGGCUCUUGUAUUGUUUGCCCAAGAUGCCUUCGACCCACACAUCCACACCAAGCCAGCUGCCAGGCGUGGACCUGGACUGGCCCAGUUCUCCCCAGCCAGCCAAGAUUAUCACAUGCAAUAGAAGUAGCAAACUGGUGCACAGCAGGCCAUAGCUAGCCUGGGGAUGUGUUUGUAAAACUUUAAACCUAGAGAGACAUUUCUUAGGUGUAAAAGGUGAAAGGAUUUAUCUGUAAAUCCACAUUCUUUCCAGACUUUACCCCAUUCUCCCAAGCCCAGCCUCCCCAUGCAAUAUAAAUCCAGUUAUUCUCACCCUAACCCCAGCCUCCCAAAUCUGUCCACUUGAGAGUUCUCCACUCCCCAGCACUGCUCUGACCCCAGCUACCUAUCUCCAGCCUGGAGGUGCACAGCACUCAGCCACCCUGCCUGCUCCUGCCCCUCCUUUCAAAAAUAGACACUACUGGGGGGCCUGCCGAGUGGCUCAGUUGGUUAAGAGCUUCCUCAAGAAUGUGAGCUCUGAGCAACAGGGUCA